AUGGCAGCCGAAUACGACGAGCUGUCAAUGUCGUUCGAAUCAGUGGGCCCGAUCCCGCUGAUCCCAGUGCCGCAGGACGAGUUCGGCCCGGGGGUCGAGACGGGCAGCGCAAUAUUGAAGCAUACCGCCGUCGAGACCAACAGCAAGAUCGUCGUCGAGGAGAAUGGAAGCGGAUGCGGCGCCGAGCCUUUCGCCCACAUCUCGCCGCAUACGGAGGCCGGACUCGAAAAGGCAACGUUCGCCUCCAACCAAUUCUGCAAGGAACGGGCCCGAAGCAGCCAGAUUGCCGCCGAAAAGACCGUCUACGUCGAGGUGCCCGCGGCUCGAGCCGUCCAAUUCGUCCACGCCAUUCCGUCGAUGAAAGUCGUGACGGGAGCGGACAUCCGGCUGGCCGGCGAUUGGGACGACGAAGGUCAGCCAUAUCGCCUCUUCAGCAUCACCGGCAACCCCGACGAGGUCAAGCAGGCCAAAGCGAUUUGCCAAGAGGCGGCUUCCGACGAGCGCUACAUCCCCACCGCCGAGCAGCUGGCCGUCGAGACCGUCGAGCUGAAUCCAGAUGAGGAAAAUGCGACCUUGGCCCCGCAGCCACGUGUCCUUCUGCAGCCGUGGUUCAACGACAUGCAGCCGAUUCCGCUCGAUUUCUGCAGCGCCCCAGCGGAUCACUACGGCCCCCAGCCGGACCAUGCGCACAAAUGGCUCGAAUACUACCGGAAGGUCGGCCUCAUCGAUCAGGCCAUCGUCAUCGACGCUCUCAUGAAGGCGCGUGCGCUGAAGCGA